CUACAUUUCCCAGCAACAUCCCGGUGACUGUCGUCGCAAGAAGUGCUACUUGCGAACAAGGGGAAGCCACUGGUUGAAAGUGACAGAUCUCAUUAUGGAGCUGUUGGGGAACCUUCUGAAAUGGUUUGGAGUCGAGACGAGUGGAUUCUCCGUGACCGUGUGCCUGUUUCUGCUGUUUCUCAGUCUUCUUUACUGGUACUCCAUCUAUCCGUAUUCUACCCUGGAACGCUGUGGCAUCAAACACCCAAAGCCGUGGCCAUUCUUUGGGAAUCUCAUGCUGUUUCGAAAUGGUUUCUUCGGGACACAUACAGACCUUAUUAACAAGUAUGGACGAGUCUGCGGUUAUUAUUUAGGCCGUCGGCCUAUAGUGAUCGUGGCAGACCCGGAUAUGCUCAGACACGUGAUGGUGAAGGAAUUCAAUAAGUUUCCCAACAGGAUGACAAUGAGGGGCGGGACUAAACCAAUGACUGAGAGUCUGAUCGCGCUGAAAGAUGACCGUUGGAAACGGGUUCGCAGCAUUCUGACCCCAUCCUUCAGCGCUGCCAAGAUGAAAGAGAUGGUUCCCCUCAUCAAGACAGCAACAGACACAUUAUUGAACAAUCUGAAAACCCAUGCUGAGUCUGGUGAAAGCUUUGACAUCCACAGGUGUUUCGGCUGUUUCACAAUGGAUGUAAUUGCCAGCGUGGCAUUCGGUACGCAGGUGGACUCUCAGAACAAUCCUGAUGAUCCUUUCGUGCACCAAGCCUCCAAAUUCUUCUCCUUCACCUUCUUCCGGCCCCUCGUGAUCUUUUUCGUCGCAUUUCCAUUUCUUCUUAAUCCUCUUGCUGGCCUCCUCCCCAACAAAUCGAGAGACAGCAUGAACAGUUUCUUUAUCAGCUGUAUCCAGAAGAUCAUUAAACAGAGAGAUGAUCUGCCAGCAGAACAGCGACGGAAGGAUUUCCUACAGCUGAUGCUGGACGCCCGGAGCAGCAGCGAGUUUUUGUCUGUGGAGCAUUUCGAUGUGGUCAAUCAUGCUGAUGAACAGGCCUGCCCAGAGCAGGAGACGGCCAGCGGGCAGGAAAACAGUCAAAGCUCCGGCCACGAAUCCGCAAAGCGUGUCCAGCAGAAGAGAAUGAUGACGGAGGAUGAGAUUGUGGGGCAGGCAUUUAUCUUCCUUUUGGCCGGCUACGAGACGAGCAGCAACACGCUAGGAUUCGUGUGCUACCUGUUAGCGAUUCACGGAGACUGCCAGGACAGAGUCCAACAAGAGGUGGACGAAUUCUUCACCAGACACGAAACAGCUGACUACACAAACAUCCAAGAGCUGAAGUAUGUAGACAUGGUCAUAUGUGAAGCACUCCGACUCUACCCACCUGCGUUCAGAUACGCCCGCGAAAUCGAGCAAGACUGUGUGAUAAAUGGUCAGUUGUUACCUAAAGGAGGAUCCUUGGAAAUCCCUGCAGGUUUCCUUCACUACGAUCCAGAGCAUUGGCCUGAACCAGAGAAAUUCAUACCGGAGAGAUUUACUCCCGAAGCCAAGGCCAGCCGGCACCCGUUUGUAUAUCUGCCAUUUGGAGCAGGGCCACGCAGCUGUGUGGGCAUGAGACUUGCCCAGCUUGAGAUUAAAAUGGCUCUGGUUCACAUAUUUAGGAGAUUCAACAUAGUCUCUUGUGAGGACACCAAGGUUCCUCUGGAGUUAAAGUCGACCACAACCCUGGGACCCAAGAAUGGGAUUUUUGUCAAAAUCACCAAAAGAGAGCAUUAUGAGGAUGAGUCAUAAUAGUUUCAAUUGCCAUAUGUGACCCUGUCUGUAAAAUCCAAGAUAAUCUGAUUAUGAGAUUAGGAGCAUUAAAGUUUGAUUUUAAAGAUUGGUUUCACUAUGAUUUCAAUCUAUGACAUGACGUUACUCAGUCAAUAUUAAGAUAUUAUAUUUUACACUAUGUAGGAUGAUUUUACGUAGAAGACAGUAAAUCACAAAAAAACGACUUUAGCCAUUUUUCACAGGCAGGGUCACAAAUUUCAGUUUUCAUCAAAGGUUUAGUUUAGAAAUUGAUCAAUGAACUAAUGUUAUGUUAAAUACUGUAAAUAUUUAUAUACAGUGAACCAUAUUUACAGUAACAUUAUAGCCUUCUUUAGUUUGAUUCAUAUUUUAUUCAGUAGCAAAGAACCAUAACCAUAGAUGACCAGACCUCUUUUUAGUCCAUAUAAUGGACAUACUUGUUACUGAAGAUAAUGAUCAUGUGCCUCAAUUAUGGUUAAAUUCCAAUUAACAGUAUGUUGUUCAAUAAAAAACACAUUUUUUUUAAGAGGGAACAAAAGGGUGAACACAUAUUAAGUUUUAAAUUUGCAUUUAUUUAUACAUAGAAAUUUAAAGAAAGGGUUUAAAUUUUGGAUAAUGCUGCUCACUGCAAAAAUGACUUUCUUAUAUUUGUCUUGUUUUCAGUAAAAAUAUCUAAAACAUUCUUAAAUUAAGAUGUAUUUUCUUGAUAAGCAAAAUGACCUAGGAACAUUUUUAGACAAAAAAUAUAAACUAAGUAAAUUAGUGCUUAAAACAAGCAAAAAAAAAAAUCUGCCAAUGAAAUAAGAAUAAGUAGUUUACUUUUUUUUUUUAUAAACACUUAAUUCAAGAAAAUGUUCUUAUUCCAUUGGCAGAUUUUUUUGCUUGUUUUGCUUAAAUUUUUAUUUUUUGUCUAAUAACUAGACUUAUUUUCUUAGGUCAGUUUGCUCAUCAAGAAAAUACAUCUUAAGAAUUUUUAGAUAUUUUUACUGAAAACAAGACAAAAAUACAAAGUAAGAAAGUCAUUUUUUGCAGUGCUAUAUUAUGUACACUUCUUAGUAUUAUAAAUAUAUUGUAUUUUAGUAUUCUUAGUAUUUUUUCUUGUUUUCAGUAAAAAACAUCUAAAAAUUCUAGUUCAAAUUUAAGUGAUUUUGUGCAUAAAACAAGCAAAAAAUCUACCAAUGGGGUAAGUAAAAAAAUCUUGAACAUUUUUCUUAAACACUUAAUAAAAUAAAAAAAAUCAAGAAAAAUUUGCUUACCCCAUUGGCAGAUUUUUUUGCUUGUUUUAUGCACAAAAUCGCUUAAAUUUGAUAUUUUUGGUCUAAAAACUAAACUUAUUUUCUUGGGUCAUUUUGCUCAUCAAGAAAACGCAUCUUAAUUUAAGAAUUUUUAGAUAUUUUUACUGAAAACAAGACAAAAAUACUAAGAAAAUUUUUUCUUAAAAUUAUUUUUUGCAGUGUACUUUAUUUAACUGCAUUGCAGUUGAUGGAUUUUUUUGUUUUUAAGGUUUUUAGAUAAACUGAAUGCUGCUCUGUUCUGCAUUAUUAAAUGUAAAUGUGAUUAUUAGCUCAAUAUAUGGGCAUUAUAAAGGAAAGAUACAUUUAAGAUGACAUACUCAAAAACUGAAUACAAAAGACGAAAUAAACAAAUAGUUUAUUAAGUGUA